AUGUUUCCCAUCAUCUCCAUUCUCUCUACGGCACUUGCCCUGACCUCGGUCGUCAAUGCGCAGUGCAGUUCUGGUAGCUUUGACGCCAAGGUCGAGGGAUCAGGCACCUACACUGCCACAGUCGGCUCCAAGUCUGUCUACUCUGGCUCCAACUACCUCACAGCCAUCCAGACGGCACUGGACUCGAUGUCGUCGGGCCAGAAACUCGGCGUCCUUGCCUCGGGCUCCAUCGGCGCCAGCACCAUCACCAUCACCAGCGGCAAGACCUUCUACGGCUGCGGCACUAUCGCUGUCACCACUAAGAGUGGACGUGGCGCGAUUGAAGUCACUGAUGCGUCUGACGUCUCGAUCCCAUACCUUACCAUGACCGGCAGCCCCUACUUUGGCCUCCGAUUCUCCGGCACCAAGAACCUGAACCUCGGCACAAUCGUCAUGGACCUGACUGCCGGGAUUGGCAUCCGCUUCGACCGCGACAAGGCUGCCAACUCAAACGUGGCCAUAGGCUCGGUCACUGUCACCGGUGCCAGUAGCCAUGCCGUCGAGACCUGGAACAUCGACGGCCUGACUAUCGACUCAGUCGUUGCCAAGAACGUCGGGGAAUGUGGUCUGCUCCUGCAAAAGACCACUAACGCCAAGGUCGGUACCGUCCAAGGUGACAAUGCCGGCUCGGGCACCGGAUACGCGACGCUGCGGUUCGCCAACAACAACGGUGAGCUAAACGGCUCCCACGACAAGACUAACGUGUUCAUCGACAAGGUCAUCUCCCGGGGCGGUGGCCGCGGCAUCUUCUGCGUGUCCCAGUCCGGUGCCGCAGAGAUUGGCAGCAUUGAUCUCGCCGACAACGGGAACAAUGCGAUCCUGAUCGAGAACUGCUACAACCUCAAGAUCAAGGGUGGUACUGUCGAUGGCGGCGGUGAGGUGCGCAUCUCUGCUCGUUCCGAGUUCCCCAACACGAGCGACAUCUCCAUCACUGCCAAGAUUAGCGGCACUACCGUUCGCGAGUCGCCUUGCGCUGACAACAUGUCAUGGUCAAUUACUGGUGAUGCAAAGCAAAAUAUCUGCUAG